UUUCUUUACAAUGCUUGCGCACAUGUAAUGUUUAAUGAUCAUAAAUAUUAAUUAAUCAUUUUCUUUAAUAACAUAGUUUGCUCAAGACAAAUGAUUAGUGAUUUUACAAUAGCGCUUUGUUUCUCUGGCAGCUGUACAAUUGAACAAUGGAUAAAAAACAAUAAUGGUAAAGUUUCGUAAUGUUGAAAAUAUUAUUUCACUGAAUGGGAUUAAAAUAUAGACCAAAACUAAACAGCCGGUGAAGUUAUUUUUGAAAUCCAUCAAGAAAUGGCUGAUAAAUAAAUUAUUUAAAUUAUCUACAUAUUUUCGCGUGAAACUCAAACAUAGGCGGUGCCGUGACGUCACACCACCUGGUCAAGUUUCAUUCAAAUAUGCAGGCACUUAGCAGGCGUGCUAAUAACAUGCAGAUUUGCGCACGUAAUAAAUUCCACAAAUUAAUUAGCCCCGUGGCUAUGUGAAUGUGCCUUUACGUUGCCGUCUUCUAGUUGUUUCGUGUGCAAGGUGAUUUGUUAUCACCUUUCCACGGCCACAACCUUGCGGUUAAACUAUAUAAUGGAUGUACGACUGUACGUAUAUUUGCUGCUGCUAUGUAGCUUCCAGGUAGUUCUUGACUUAGCCUAUGUUUACCUUCUCUUGAUUGUUUUGAGAAUUUCUCUCUUUGUUGAAUUUGACGUCACUAUACGUUGGAUUUAGCACCGAUCGUACGUAAGUAAAUCUGCAGCCGUCAGAAGUUCUCUUCUGCAAUUUAGGGUUCCAUACUUGGGUAAAAAUUAUUAAGUAGCCAAGUAUUCAACUUAAUUUAAAGUAAUUACAUUGCAUCGUAAUUAAAUUUUAACUUUAUUUUAAGUCUAUGUCCAAACGUCAAGGUCUUGUUUACUAUGAAACUGCUUGUCAAAACGUGUCAAGUGACAAGCCCCGCCCACCAACUUACUCGAAAAACUAAGUUAAAAUUUAGUUACCUACUUAAUACGUGUAAAUCAACCUGUAAUGUCAAAGUCUUAAACCUUAAAAAUCUCACAUGCUUUGCCAGCAAGAGACUAGUACACUCUUCUAAAUCCUGAUAUCGAUUAAAGUGGGUAUGUAACCCACGCUAAUACGUGAACUGCUAUGAGUAGGUACACUAUUUGUUCAAUUAUAAGUAUUAUAACUCAAUGACGUUUUAAAGACAUUAAUGUGACCGUUUUUCAAAGUCUCACCAAGCAGAUUGUUCAACAGAUACCUAGUUACCUACAAGUAUGUAUUACUAAAUGAAAAUGAGUCUUAUAUUUUAAUUGUUAAAGAAGAAUAUCGUUCAAUCCAAUACAUGUGAUCGCAAUUAAUUAAUACUUAAUUACAUAAAGAAGGUGUUCUUUUUUAUUGUAAGAAUGUAUUGAAAAAGUAUCAGGAGGACUCUAGCACUUGUCCAAAUAAUCGUUUGUUAUAAAUGAUGUAUGUAAGUAAUUGUUUAAAAUAUUUGUGACUUGGAGUUCGUAACGGCACACCAUAUUGGACUCCUGACAAGAUUCUAUUCUCGUCUGAGAAUGGUAGCCGCAAAAAUGGUUUUCGGAAGGCUAAACGUGUGUCCAGUUUUCCUUUUGGUUUUGAACUUCUGCUGGACACGUGCAGAAGUGUUCACUGCAAUAUCCGAUGUCGAACCAUUGUUACAAACCCACAAAAGAAUAAUGGAUGAUGUCAACCACUACAUCGCCUCGGAAGAACAACGGCUUAUAGCUCUAAAGAAAAGCUUAAAUAUGUACCAAGAAGAACAUAAAAAAGCCAUGGAAGAUAUUCCUAACUACUUAGGAAACCCCAUCAACGCCUUUACUCUUAUAAAAAGGUUAACAGUUGACCUGGAUCUCAUAAGACAGAAUAUAAUAAAUGGAACAGAAAAUAUGAGAAACAUCACGACAAACCACGAGGAUGUGAAAUAUCCCGCUUACGAAGACCUGACGGGGGCUGCUCAAGCAUUGACAAGACUCCAGGAGACUUAUAAGCUAGACGUCAGUGAGCUGUCGAAGGGUGUGCUGAAUGGUGUUAUUUACAGUACCCCAAUGACUGCAGCCGACUGCUACGAGCUCGCUAUGGUGCUGUACAAGGCCCAAGACUACAAAGACGCCCUGCCAUGGUUUAACGAGGCCCUCAAGAAGUAUAAAGAGGAGAACGAACACUACCAAUUUACCGAAUCUGACAUUCUGGAGUUCAUUGGCGCUACACAUUUUUACACGGGCGAUGCCAGGACUGCGUUGGAAUAUUCAAAGAAGACCUUAGCGAUAAAUCCGAAAAACAUACGCGCGGCCGAUAACAUUAUACUCUACCAAAAGUCUAUCGCAGAGGAGGAAGCAAAACUAUUAAUAAGUCAAAUAAGUGGUGAAACAGAGGAGAAAAAAAAUCAGAAACCAUUGUCAUAUGAAGAUAUUCAGUAUGAAAAAGAAUUAAAAAAUUAUGAAAUCCUUUGCCGCGGGGAAAUGGACGUCCCUCCUGCAAUUGCGAAAAGCUUGUUCUGCCGUUAUUUAACGGAAAACCACCCGUUUUUGAAACUUGCGCGAAUAAAAGUCGAGUACAGAUACUUGGAGCCCGACAUAAUGAUCUUCCAUGACGUCAUGAGCGACGACGAGAUUGAAUUCAUAAAAGAAACUGCUCAGCCCAGGUUCAGACGUGCUGUGGUCGUGGACGCCGUCACCGGUGAAUCAGUUCCCGUCAAGUACCGCAUCAGCAAGUCGGCGUGGCUUGAAGACCACGAGUCGCGAAUCAUCGCGCGCAUCUCGCAGCGCGUGGCCGACAUGACCGGCCUCAGCAUGGACACGGCCGAGCACCUGCAGGUGGUCAACUACGGCAUCGGGGGACAUUACGAACCGCACUUCGACUUCUCUAGGAAACACGAAAGUUUAAUGAACUAUCGUAAUGCAGGGAAUAGAAUAGGCACAGUUCUAUUUUAUAUGUCGGACGUGGCGCAGGGCGGCGCGACGGUGUUCACUAAGCUGGGGGUCAGCUUGUUCCCCAUCAAAGGCGCGGCGGCGUUCUGGUACAACCUGCACCCGUCGUGCGAAGGAGACCUGGCCACGCGACACGCCGCCUGCCCGGUGCUGCGAGGCUCCAAGUGGGUCUCAAACAAAUGGAUCCACCAAGGCGGGCAGGAGUUGCUGCGGCCUUGCGGCCUCCAAUACCAAGAAGAAGGCGUAUCCCGCAGGAUACCGAAACCCAUCCUCAAGACCUCCAGAUAAACACCGCCUGGCUGCCAAGUAGUAUUGUUAAACACACCCCAAAAAGGUACUGACUUUGCCCGUGUGCCUAAAGCGAACUAGAACUCAAAUAAUAUAGUGAAGUGAAUAUUUUCGUCGGUUAGGGCGGCUUCAGACCAGUUUUUUCUGCGCGUAUACAGCUGUCUGCCAUGUGGCUGUACUGUACUAAAUGUAUUAAAUUUUCGGACAGUCCAGUUUAUUCUGUACCCUAUUGAUAACGUUUGAUAGAGCCCGUGAAGUACUUACAGGAUCAGUAACUGUUAGUAACUUUAUAAUAAUUGAGUAAAAUCACUUAUCGUUUUCCACUUGUAUAUGAGUUUAUAAGAGCGUCAACACUUGCACGAGUUGCGCAUAUACGCGCGUAUAAAACGCUGGCCUGAAACCGCCCUUACUGUGUUAAAACAAUAAUUUUAAAAUAACUAAUGAAGUGAUACUUAGUCUAUAUGGGCAUGCUAUUUAUUAAAGGUACAUAAGUAUUAA